CAGCUGAGGACAAACUGGGUGGACGGAGACAGAGGGAGACAAAAACAGAGAUAUAUUUAAAGGCUGUGUGGUCACUUAAGACUUAAGGUUGGAGAAAUGGCCGCAGAUAACAUGAAGGUUGCUGCUCUGGGUCGACCUUUCACCCUAGGAAUGCUGUAUGAUGCUCGGAAAGAUCAACUAAUCCCAGGUUUGACUUUGUGGGAUGAUAAAACUCUGAAAGAGAACACAGUUGAAAGCUCUCAGCACAGCAGCGCAUUUGCAAUUUCUGCAUCUGACUCCAUUGAAUCCAAGUCCUCUCUGCUGGAUGUUGAUGCUUCUCUGAAGGCCAGUUUCCUGGGUGGACUGAUUGAAGUUGGAGGAUCUGCCAAGUAUCUGAAUGAUACGAAGAAAUUCAAGAAUCAGAGCAGAGUGACAUUUCAGUACAAAGCUACCACACACUUCAAACAGUUGUCAAUGACUCACCUUGUAACCAUGGAUGCCAAACAGACAGAUGUUAUUAAGAAGGCCUCUGCAACUCAUGUAGUCACAGGCAUCCUUUAUGGAGCAAACGCUUUCUUUGUGUUUGACAGUGAGAAGUUAGACGCCAGCAGCGUUCAGAACAUCCAGGGCAGCAUGGAAGCUGUGAUAAAGAAGAUUCCCUUAUUUGAUGUUGAGGGGAAAGUUGAACUAAAGCUAACUGAUGAAGAAAAAGCUCUGACUGAGAAAUUCUCCUGCAAAUUCUACGGAGACUUCAUUCUCGAAAGCAACCCUGCAACAUUUGAAGACGCAGUGAAGACCUAUGUAGAUCUUCCAAAGCUGUUGGGAGGAAACGGAGAGAACAGUGUUCCACUGAAGGUCUGGCUGAUGCCACUGAAGAAUUUGGAUCCCGAGGCUCCUGAGCUGAUGAGUGGGAUCAGCAUUGGAUUAGUGAGGAAGGCUCAAAAUGCUCUAGAAGAUUUAAAGCAAAUAGUAAUGAGAUGCAAUGAUGUUCUGGACAGAGAGCAUUUUCCACAGAUUGAAGAAAAGUUAAGCAGAUUCCAGAAUGUGUGUAAAUAUUAUGCAGCUAAACUCCAGCAGACCAUGGAGAAGAAAUUUCCCCUCAUCCGUGAUGGUAAAGAAGAUGAGAGCUCCACAAAACAACUCUUUGAAGACAGAGACAAGUCACCGUUCAGCCAUGAGAAACUAACCACGUGGAUGGACCAUAAAGAGAGAGAAAUCAACAUCAUCAGGUCCUGUGUAGAAAAGAUGGAGGGAACACAGAUUGUCCACAAUCAGUCAGAGCUGGACAGAGAGGUUCUUGCUGCAGAUGUGGAGGAUGCUCUGUGCUUUGUUUUCACCUCCCUGGAGAGUGCUGACCCCUGCCUUGAUGUGAUGACCACAUACUUGGAUUCACUCAACUUAGAAUGUACCCAUGAAGACCCGUGGUACUUCUCAGAUGAAGUUUUUACCAAAAUGAGAGGAAAAGCCAAAUCUUUCUCUUAUCUUGCCAAAGCACUGAAGAACAACCGCCGAUUCUGUUUCCUCAUAGCAGCCAUAGCAAAUAAGAAAUACACAGGAGCAACCAUCUACCAUUACAAGGAGGGCAUUCUGGUCUCUGAGGAUUUCUCUAAGCCUGACCUCCCUCCUGUGGAGAAAAUCACUGACAGAAGAGAUCUGAUCUGGUAUGCCUGUGAUCUCACCCUGGACUCAGACACUGUGAACGGCUACCUCACUCUGUCUGAGGGAAACAAAAAGGCAACAUGUGGAGCGUGGCAGACGUAUCCUGAUCACCCAGAGAGGUUUGAUACACAUACUCAGGUGAUGUGCAAAGAGAGGUUAAAGGGGCGACAUUACUGGGAGGUAGAGUGGAGUGUCAUGUCUAAAGCAUCAGUUUAUAUAGGUGUUGCAUACAAUGUAAUCGAAAGAAAAGCAAUGGAUGAACAAAGCCAGCUUGGGAACAACACCAUUUCAUGGUGUUUUGGCCAAGGUAAUUCCUCACUUUGCGCAUUUCAUAAUGGCAGGGUGUGGAGUCAUUGUUUUCCCUCUACUGGCUGCAACAGAGUUGGGGUGUUUCUGGAUUGGCCUGCUGGAACUCUGUCCUACUACAGAGUCUCCUCUGACUCACUGAGUCACCUCUACACCUUUAAAACCACAUUCACUGAGCCAGUUUACCCAUGUUUCUGGGUUAAUCAAAAUUACAACUACGUGCACCUGCAUCUGGCUGAUUAAGAGCGAUG